UUUGGAUAUUUUAAGUGUGUGGACAACAGCCUAAGAAACAUUUUGGUUUUCUUUCUCGCCAUGUCGUUUGGAAUCAAACAGCACCCUGAAUCGCUAAAAUGGCGUUUUUGCUGCGGACAAAUAUUGCUGCACCUCAUUUUCUUUUGUUACAUUUGCAAUUUUGUUACCGGACAUAUGAGAUAUUCGAUCCCAGAAGAGAUGAAGAAAGGCUCACUGAUCGGUAAUGUCGCACAGGACCUCGGCUUGGAUCUGAAAAGACUCCGUUCUGGUCGGGCCCGCAUUGUCAGCGGAGAGAGCAUCCAGUACGUGGAGCUGAAGCCAGACAAAGGGAUUUUAGCAGUAAAAGGGAGAAUCGACCGGGAGCAGCUUUGUGGUGACACAACACCGUGUAGUUUCACGUUUGAGAUGAUUUUAGAGAAUCCCAUGGAGCUGCAUCAAAUUACGGUAGAGAUUACAGAUAUCAAUGAUAACUCUCCGACGUUCAAGAGAGAUAGCAUGCAUUUUGAAAUAAGCGAAACUGCUUCUGUUGGUGCGCGUUUUCCAUUAGCAACUGCAGAAGACCUGGAUGUCGGUGUGAAUGGAAUGAAAGAAUAUAUCUUGAAUGAUAAUGAUAAUUUCGUCCUGAAGCAACAUUCAAACGCAGAGGGAAAGAAAUACGCAGAGAUUGUGCUUCAGAAGCCUUUAGACAGGGAGACAAACCCCAGGCUCUCUCUAAAGCUGGUCGCUGUGGACGGUGGGACCCCUCAGAGAUCUGGUACCGUAAAUAUUGACGUUGUUGUUCUUGAUGUUAACGAUAACGCACCUGUAUUUAAUCAGACUUUGUAUAAAGCUACAGUGACAGAAAAUGCCCUAAAAAACACUUACGUUACGACUGUCAAUGCUAGUGACGCCGAUGUUGGAUCAAAUAGUGUUGUGACAUAUUAUUUUUCAGACCUGUCUAACUAUCUUGGAGAUUUAUUUAAAAUUGAUGAGAAAAGUGGUGUCGUUGUAACUACGGGGUUUAUUGAUUUUGAAAAGGAUAAGAAGUUUGAGCUUCAGAUCCAUGCAAAAGAUCAAGGAGGUCUUACAGAUACUAGCGAGGUGAUAAUUGAAGUAGUUGAUGUAAAUGAUAAUGUUCCUGCUAUAAGUGUGAUGUCAUUUACUAGUCCUGUAUUAGAGGAUUCUCCUCCUGGAACAACAAUUGGCAUUAUAAAUGUGAAAGACUUGGAUUCAGGUGAUAACGGACAAGUGAGCUGUAGAAUUGAAGGGAAUGUUCCUUUUAAGAUCAGGACCAAUCUAAAACAUUAUUAUUCUUUAAUAACAGAUUCCGUCUUGGACCGUGAAAUGGUUUCACAAUACAAUAUAACUGUUGUCGCAACGGACAGUGGAGCACCUCCUCUUUCUGCUCAAAGAAUAUUUAAUAUUAAAGUGUCUGAUGUGAAUGACAACGCUCCAUUGUUUUCAAAUACUGUUUACAGCGCAUUUAUUACAGAAAAUAACUCCCCAGGUCUUUCUGUCCUCACUCUGAAAGCCAACGAUCCUGAUGAGAAUCAGAAUGCUCGCAUUUCCUAUAUUUUAGAGGGUAAAAAUAUUGCUGGAUCGUCAGUUUCUGAAUAUGUUUCUGUAAAUGUAGAAACUGGAGUCGUACUGGCGGCGCGUUCAUUUGACUAUGAACAAAUUAAAGAGCUAAUUUUUGUCGUUAAAGCACAAGAUGGAGGCUCUCCCCCUCUCAGCAGCAAUGUAACUGUGAAACUGAUCAUCCAGGACCAGAACGAUAAUCCACCCCAGGUUUUGUACCCAGUCCAGACUGGCGGCUCCAUGGUGGCUGAAAUGGUUCCUCGUUCAGCAGAUGUGGGCUACCUGGUGACUAAAGUGGUGGCUGUGGAUGUGGACUCUGGACAGAAUGCCUGGCUCUCCUAUAAACUCCAGAAAGCCACAGACAGAGCGCUGUUUGAAGUGGGCUUACAGAAUGGAGAAAUAAGAACUAUCCGUCAGGUGACUGAUAAAGAUGCUGUGAAACAAAGACUGACUGUCAUAGUGGAGGACAACGGGCAGCCCUCUCGUUCAGCUACAGUCAUUGUUAACGUGGCGGUGGCGGACAACUUCCCUGAAGUGUUGUCGGAGUUCACUGACUUUCCUCACGAUAAGGAAUACAAUGACAACCUGACUUUUUACUUAGUGUUGGCUCUGGCUGUGGUUUCCUUCCUCUUCAUCACGUGUUUAGUGGUUAUUAUAUCAGUGAAGAUCUACAGAUGGAGACAGUCUCGUAUUCUGUAUCACUCCAGCCUCCCUGUGAUUCCAUAUUAUCCACCUCGUUACUCAGACACUUUGGGAACAGGAACCCUGCCACACGUGUAUAAUUACGAGGUGUGCAGAACGACUGACUCCAGAAAGAGUGACAUUAAGUUCGGCCCAACUAGCAGUCAGAACGUUUUGCUAAUGGACUCCACUUCUAUUGGGACGAUGCAACGGAUACAGAAUGAGAAGAACAUCCUGGAUGAACCCGACUCUCCUCUAGAGGUUAGUGACAUUUAGCUGGUUCUGUCCUUAGUUUUUCUUCAUCAACCUUUCCUGCCAAAAUGGCAUCCAUGUAAUUACACCCAUCCACUUUGAUGAUUUAUAUUUUGUCCAUCAUAACAGUGACAUUUCUACAGACGGAUUCAUAUUGUAUAACACAUUGAGAUCCUUUUGAUGCAAUUUUGUUUCUGACACUUACAUGACGGAGGCCUCUGCAUAUAUCACGGAUAUAUAUGAGUAGAAAACAUGAUAUGGAAUCUUGUGUAAUUGUUAUCGUAUUGAAGGUUUAAUAUCAUUCCUUUAACUCUGAUGCACCGUUCUGUCUUUUUUUUUAAUUAAACCAAUUUAUAGCUGUUAUAGAGAAGAUGCAUUUGUUAAGUUUGUGUAGGUUCAUCUCAUUAUUCCUUGUGUCAAAGGCUUCUUUUCACAUCUAGAAAGACGUCUCCAACUACCUUGAUAUAAUCUAAAGAUAUUUAUGUGUUGUUGGUAGAGUAGGAAGUAACCAGUCCUGCUAUCCCAGAUGAAUAAGGUUUUUUUUUUUUUUUGCUGUAGGAGCCUUUAUUUGAGUGUUCAGACAUGAACACUGUCUGGUGUAAUAAUUCACUAUUGAUGCAGGGCUGUGAAGGUUUUCUUGGAUUACUUUUAGCAGCCUUUGAGAUUCAUUUUGUCUGAAUAUCAGAAGAGAUUCUGUGAGAAUAUUACAGCAGGUUUUGUGGUGAUGUACUUUAAUGCCAAGUCCUUUUCCAUAUUCUCAUGUGAUUGCAAAAUUGCAUAAACCCACUCCUUCUGAUCCCAGUGUGCUAAAUAUCAGGGUUGGAGCUGAAACUAAUAUUUUUGUAGUCAUUUUAUUUGUCAAUUUCCUGAUAAUUAAGGUCAAAUUGUGGUUUAAUAGUGUCAACACAAGAUUACAGGUUUUUGUCAUGCUCUAAGGUUUACUAGAGAUAAUUAAAAUGAUGAGUUCACUUCGUUUUUGCAUUUAUCUUGUCGGAGUUUUGGUCACUUGGUGUAAAAUAUAUUUGGAUGCAGUCGUUUUUAUUUUAUUUUAUUUUUUUAGCUAUUCAGUUUAUGCUAAAAUUUCCAACAUUAGUGAUUUUGUUUUAUUUAAGAAAUUCAUCUUGAUAAAAUGACUCAUUAAAACGUGGAACAACAAAAGAAAAGUUUGUCUUUAGCAACAAAACAAUAUUCACAGCCAAAUAAUCCAAUCAAUUUGUGUGUGAAGUACUUGAGGAUGCCUCUACUGUAAAUGAGAACUCUCAUUCUUUUCCUCAUUGUUUGUAUUGUCUAAGGCAGGCAUGACUUGGAAUAUUAUUUCAACAAUAUACUAAAGGGUUUUAAAUAUUGUGGAGUUCCUCGGCAUAUCAAUGAUCCAAGUAGAAUGAAAACUUAAGGGAUUUUUUUGUGCAUUUGUUCAUUUUAAAAGUGGAACUUUUUAUUCUAAGAUCAAAUUAAAGGAUACGUGUUUACCAGUAUCAUUUUAAGUUAAUCUAAAGCUCUUUUGAAGGUGAUUGUCUUUGUCUUUAUUUUUAAUAAAGAAGUUAUAGGCCUUUAAGAAUUUCUACAUUAAUCGGCAUGAUGCUCAUUCUGGACUCUACGUGACGCUGUUGGUCAAUGCAUGUCCUCUGAAAUGUUACAUCACAUUCUCCUCCCUUCUUACUGUGGCCAAUGAGAGGAGAGCUUAUAGUUUUCCUCAUCUAUGCGGACAUCACAGCAUUAAAGACACUUCAACGACGAA